UGUUUCCAGGAGAGGUGUUGUUUCUAGCGUGGGGUAUCCGAGUUUGCUAUAAUGUCAGACAUGCAGAGUCUCUGUACAACGAGGCUCGCCUCAUUACCAUUGCAAUAUACAAUAUUGCAGUUGUAAAACAUUACCAUGGUAGCCUUCCAUUUAUUUCUAUUCCCAAGGGCAGGCCCUGACAUCAAAUAUCUCCUUGGGUUUGUCAGAACUCAGCUCAGCACUUCUGUCACAGUUGCCCUUGUCUUUGGCCCGAAGGUUUUGAGGGUACUCAGGGGCCAGGGUGACCAGUGGGACAACAGGGCGAGGGCGAGGGGCGUCACAGCCUCCUUCUCUCUCAACGGCAUUGGUCUUGUUCCUGAUGAGGCUCCUGACCUAUUUCAAGAAAAUGAGGAACUCAAGGAAGAAAUUCAAAAACUGGCUGGUCAGAUGGAGUUUAUGAAAAUAGUGCAUAUGGAAAUGAACAAUCGGCACUUGAAAAUGAAACCUGGAGGUUACUUUAGUGUUACUAACACUUCCGUGGUUCUGCAGAGUCCGGUGAGCAAGCCUUCGGCAGGGUUUGUCUUAGGGAAAAGUUUCAGUACCACGGAGGAACCCGAUGAGCGGGUAUGACUAGUCUUUAGUGGUCAAGAAGUUUGGUUGUGAUAUUUACUUCUCUGUGAUUAUAAUAACUGAAGAUAUUUAAUACUACAUUUUGUCAUCUCUACUGUUUCAUAUAACAUAACCAAUUAAUGUUACUCAUGAUGUGUUCAUAAAAGGUGUCCUGUAAUUUCACUAAAUGAGAAUAUUACUAAAGUUUCUUGUUGAAUGUUUAGCAAAAAAAAAAAACAUAUACUCACUGAUUAUGAAAAUGUCAAAUUAAGGCAUUUUUCUGUUGAUAGCAACAAAGAAGGAUGGUAAGCAAAGACAUUUACUGAUGCAUACAGUAGUUUAAAAAAGUAUGAGUAUAUCAUUUUUCCAUCCAUGACUUAGAUACACAGCUGUAAUUAUACAGAGUGGUUAUAAAUUAUUGUACACAUUUUAAGAUU